GGUGCCGGGACCGUAGCGGCCGAUGCCGAGGCCGUUAGGGGAGAUGCCCCGGGGGUGGCUGUUUUGGUUGUGAUUCUGACCGGUCGACGGGGAGUUGACGGAGGAGGAGGAGGAGGCCUGGUUGCUGGAGCUGGAGUUGGAGUUAGUGCCGCCGGCCAGGUAACGGCGGUUAGUGCUGGCUCUGGAGCGGCCGGUGGAUGCCGAGCUGGUAGAGGUCUGGCUUCGGGUGCGGGUUGUGGCAAAGUUGUUGGAAUAGUUGAUGCUGCUGGUGCUGGUGGUGCCGUUGCUGACGUUGGUGUCGGUCGAGGUGGAAGGAUAAGAAGUGGCACCGCCGUUGGCGUUGGCGGAGCUACUAUGCGAGGUAGCCUGCGCAUCCACAACAAGGUUGUCGACGGGCCAGAGAUCGACAGGGACAGGGCUGCAUCCAGCAUCCAUCCUCCAGAUGCCAAGGGCCCGUCCAGCUUAUUAUGCGCGCCUGGGCAAUGGGGUCCCAACGUCGAGCUACUGGCUGUUCGGCUGGACCAGACGGUAGAUGCAGUAGUUGCUUCGCUCCGGUCCCCGACAGAGUAUUUUGAGAGCAAAGACUCAAUUCAUGCCGAGGACACAGUUGAUAAGCUACGCACUACGUAG